UUGUAACAACCACUGUGAUUGGCUAUUGGAUCCUCCUAGGUAACAUAGAGUGAACAGACAACACAAUCAGCUCUAGACGUGGGGCUGGGAGCUUUCAUUCUUGUCACUGCACGGGACGUAGCUUUUGAAACUGUCGCCAGCUCAGAAAUCUAUAUCAGUAGAGGUGUGCCAGUGUGUGCGGAACAUUUUAUCACAAGAGAACCAAUAAUCAACUGAAGAUAGUAAUGGAUCUCGUUGCCGAGGGUGAAAAGCUUUUCCUAAUCAGUGUCAACUUCAGAUGCUGAUGUACUGAAAUUGACACCCCAUGUCAUCACGACUACAUUGGUGACAUUUCGGCACCAACAGUUAAAGCCAAUCAAUAACCGAAGGAACUACGUCAAAGGAAAUGGAGAGCACAGCAGGAUAGUACAAUGAACACCACCAGGAACAUGAUUUGUGGACUCCUUUGCUCAAUCUGACAACAUCUUAGACGUAUCGAGUUCGGAGUGUUUAAUCACCUCUGGCGUUUCAGAUCAAUUUCAAAUGGAAAGCCGGUAGGCAUCACAUUUCUCAUUAAAGUGUUGAGAUAAUAGUUUCCCUGCUCCAAGAUCGUCAGUAAGAUGCUGUGUGAUAUAACUAUAUGGGAGUUACAACGUCACCAAGAUGAAAACAAGAGGGUCAUGCUUUACAGUUUAUGAUACCAUAGAACAUUAGCGCAGAGUAAGAGUUCCAAUCGAUACAAGAAACAGGGGGCUCCACAGAAGAAUGCUCUGACAGCAUUUUUGACUGAAAUAUGUGGCUAAUUCUUCACAGGUAAAGGUGUCUUGUCCAACUGUGAUACGAGGAGGUUGAAAGGCGUAGUUAUUUUGGUGAAGAUCAUUAACAGUUCCUGAAGCCUUGCCAUCGUAGAUCCUCUUUCGCGAUAAUUACGUCAGUUUGUGUCUCACUUGUUAUAUUUUUGUAUCGUCGUCAACCAAUACCGUGCGGAUAGUCCUGAUUAUGUAAAACAAAUCAUUCUAUAGAACUGAGCUCCGCGAUGAUGAAUUAAUGAUUUCAUUGUCCAAAACGUCAGCUUAAUCUGCAUACAAAUCUCUGGGAAGACUCAUUCUCACAUUCUGACACAAAGCCGCAAUGAAUUUGGUUUAGAAACCGAUACAGUUGUGCUGAGAGACACAGCUAUCACAAUGCCUUCAAUCAACAAUUCCGACUUCACCGUUCUGGAAAUCGACGUCAAUGACGACAUCGACGACAUGCUCAUCUUCAACUCAACUAACUCCAGCAUGGUUGCAGCGUUGCAGGAUAACCCGUGGUACAUAUUUGUCCGAAAGUUUCAGACUGUCAUGAUACCCAUUGUGUGCGUUGUUGGACUUGUGGGUAAUACUCUGGCAGCGGGAGCGUUUCUCAGCCAAGCGUUGAGGAGCACCUCGUGCUGUUUACAUCUUGCUGGAAAAUCAAUCUCUGACAUUGGCUUUCUUCUGUCACUGUUUAUAGUUUGGCUUAACCGACUUGAGGUGCCUGCUUUUACAAUCCAGGGAGUUUGUCAAGUUACUGUGUUCCUUAUAUACGUCAGUGGAUUUCUCUCCGUCUGGUUUGUCGUCAUGAUCACGUGCGAGAACUUUAUCCGGGUAUCCCUUCCAGGUCACGUGGUGGUCUGGUGCAAUGUGACGCGUGCAAAGUUCACCAUUCUGGUGUUAAUUCUCAUAUCUAUUGGGAUUUAUAGCUUCAGUUUGUGGACGACGGGCGUUAUUCAUCAAAGUACCGGAGCCAAAUGCCUUGCCUUCGAGGAGUAUGAAAAGUUAGUCAUGGCCAUGACGUAUGUUGACUCGAUCCUCACCCUUGCUAUCCCGCUCGUUAUGGUUUUUCUGAAUGUUGGAAUCGGGGUCGGUGCUAUAAAUGCACAUAAACGUCGCAAGAGAUUGUUCCAGGGCAUCUCACGAUCAUCAAGCCGUAAGAAACGGGAUUCGACAAGUCCUGAAGCCAAAGUUACGAAGCUUCUCUUUGCUGUCUCAAUGAUCUUUCUCUUGCUUCAUACACCAAGUCACGUGAUACGGAUCAAAAUGAUGUGGGCUCAGAUCCUGUACAAGUCAGCCCCUACGCUGUGCGACAUCAUCCUCCACAGAGUGUUUGAACUCAUGUUCUAUUUGAAUUUCUCGGUGCAUUGUGCAGUGUAUCUGAUAUUUGGCGACAAUUUCAGAGCAGUGUUUAAAUCGUUGUAUUUGCCGAACUGUUUUAAAUCAACGCCUAUGCAAAACAACUCUUUCAAUACAUAUUGUAAGAGAGGGUCAGAAACGGAGGCAAUAUUAAGAUGAUGUAAACAGUGAUGCCUUUAUAAUUUGUGAAUGCAAAUAUGCAGGAAACGGUACAGGGAGGAUGUUAUAAUAAUCUAUAGAAGGAUGUCUAGUGGUUAAAGCGUUCGCUCGUCACGCCGAAGGCCCGGUUCGAUUCCCGAUAUGGGUGUAAUGUAUGAAGCUUAUUUCUGGCGUCCUCGUCCGUGAUAUUGCUGGAAUAUUGCUAAAAGCGGCGUAAAACCAUACUCACUCAUAAUCUAUAGAUGCAAGUUCGACGCAGGAUUAUGUGCGUUUUGCAAAAAAAUAAAAAGGCAUUUUCGCAGUUAAAAGAAUAUGAUCUUAAAUAACUGCUUUGUCUACAGUUGCAGAAUGAGUACAACUGCAUUUGUUCCAUUGACAGAUGAUACCGUCUUCUCCUAAAUACUACCCUAAAGAGUACCUGGGGUCAGUGGUGAUGCAUUACCUAUUGUAGGAACAAAAUAAGCUGACUUUUGAACAACGAAACAAGUACCUUUUUUUCCGAGUGAAUAAAGUAUGUUCAUUAUU